AUGUCACAAACCGGCGGUCCUCCCCCCUCAAACGACGGCCCAGGGUUCAAUGCGUUGUUCCUCGGGGCGCUCAUCGGCUGCGGUGCAUUGUCCGUCUUUUCCCUGCUGUACUUUAACAGAGUAUUUGCAUCCAUUGUCUCGUGGGGCUUGCGGACAUGGACGUGGCAUCGACAUCGGGUCUACAUCGACAUCCAGGCGCUCCAGAUAUCCCUGCUCGCCGGCCGAAUCUUCUUUACCGGCCUGAGAUACCACGGCAACAACGAGACUAUCCUUGUGCAGAACGGACACAUCACCUGGGCUUACUGGCUGCGUCGAGUGCGCGGAGUCAGGAUCACAAAAGGAAAGGACCCAAAGGGCAGUGACGAUGCUGCCGCCAAAGAUCUCUCCACAAAGUUGCCCUGUCGCAUACAAGUCUCUCUUGUUGGCCUGGAGUGGUUCGUGUACAACCGUAGCCCAGCCUACGACUCGGUCCUGGCAGGGCUGCAAGAUGCCCAAGAGGUAGGCGACGAUGCCGUUCCGAGCGUGGUUGGCGACAAGGAAGAGGAGGACGUCUCGGCUCAGUUGAGGAGGAGACGGUCCAGAUCUCGGCGAUUCGAGGCGGCUGGGAAUGCAUCCUCGGCCUGUGGCUCAUACCAGAGCGAGAGCAAGAGCGCGGGCAUAGCCCAACAUGCUUCUGGUCAACAGCAAGACGGCUUCGCGCAAAAGCGCACCUCUAGCCUCCACUCGUCAGGGCCCGGAAACAGUGCAAAGCAGGACCCCAAUGCGCCUGACGAGGGCGAUGACUUGUCGCUGCUGCUCCAACUAUUCCCGAUUGACCUGGUGUGUGAAAAGGCCGCCCUGGUCAUGGGCAACGAGAACACCAAGGCUGUCCUGAUUGUCAAGGCCGACUCGAUGACGGGCGAGAUAGAUGCGUCUGAGACAGACACGCCAGACCCGUACCGGCAGUUCUUCCGAUUCAAAUUCAAGCACCCGGUGAUUGAGAUGAAGGACAACUUGGAUUUCAAAGAGGAACAAGCCGACCGGGCAACUCGGGACCGGCAGGCGGCGCAAGAGACGGCGCCCCCCACUACACGGUCCUUGUUCCACCGGGAAAAGCGCAAGGUGCUCGGCAGCCUCCGGAAUAUGGUGCCGUAUUGGGGGAAGUCUGUCGAGUCCUUUUCCAUCGGCUCGAGCAGGGCCGUCGGAACUGCAACGAGCCAGGCGCCUGGAUCAAGUCGCUGGCAGGGGCUCUCGCGGUACCUCUACGAUGAUGGCGAUGACCAGAAGGCUCGCUGGGCUUCCUCUGAGUACGCUGCUGUGCCGACCAUCUUGGACAGCCCCGAGGCCUCGCUUGACAUAUUCUGGGAUGUGGUUGGCAGGGUCCGAGGCGACCACCCCGCAAACAUGAAGGAGAAGACGCCCGAGAUGCUAUCCAACAUCAACGGCGACGUGCCGCCGGCCUGGGCCAUCAACCUCUUGGUCAAAGGCGGCUCCAUCAACUACGGACCGUGGGCGGAUAGACAUCGAGCGGACCUCCAGCGGACGUUUGUCCCCAGCCUAUGCAAAGAUGCGAAGCCAGCCGCGCGCCUGCCCGUUGGCGCCCCCCGGGUGGCCACGCAAUUCAAGCUCUAUGUGGAACUUCAAGACUACGUUACCAUUCGCGUCCCGGUCAGGGAAGAGUCCAAGAACUGGAGAUGGAAAGACAAGGAACCUGCUCCCAAGCCUCGUCGCGGCCGCGAAGCUCGCAAAGCACGGGGCCGAUCUAAGAAGUCGGACCAGGCGGCCGCGGUGCAUCAACGGCCAUAUGGGUGGCUAGACAUCACGGUUGCUACUAACACGACUAUGUCCUAUUCAAUGGACAUGGUGGCGGGUGCUCCGGGGUUUGCCACCUCGCUGAGCCUGGACAUGCCGAGCAUAGACAUUUCAAGUAGUAUCAACCACGAGCUGCUCUGGAGGUCUCGCCGACAACAGAUAACGUGCGACCUCUCAACUCCGCUGCGGUGGAAUGGCCUUCGCCAAUGGCGCUUCAAUAUCGUCAGCGAAGAGCUCAAGCUCUAUCUGCUAAGAGACCAUGUUUUUCUCCUCACUGAUCUCAUCGGCGACUGGGCCAGCGGCCCCCCGCCCGACUAUCUUGUUUUUACCCCUUUCAAGUACCAUAUCGACCUCGAGCUGCAGAAGGUGCAGCUUUAUUUGAAUCUCAACGACGCCAACAUCAUUGACAACCCAACUGACCUCGACGACAAUACUUACCUUGUCAUUGGCAGCCCGCUGCUCCGCUCAACCACAUGCAUCUCCAUUGACAACUUCAGGCCAAACCAAAACACCAUCCCGUUCGACAUCCGUGCCGACACUGCAUCGGUUGAUCUUCACGUUCCUCCGUGGAACACGCAAGCGCUAUUUCUGAACUCAAAGGAGAUUGGCCGUUUGGAGAACUUGCUGAUCGACGGCACCUACCACUAUAACUUGACGACCUCGCCCUUAAACACAGAUACUUUGUUAUUGAAUGUCACCGGCCAGUCUCCAGUCAUCCAUCUGUACGGGUUCGUCGUAAGGUAUUUUCUGAAGAUAAAGGACAACUACUUUGGAGAAGACGUCCACUUUAAGACAUUGGAAGAGUAUCAAGAGGCGCUGCGCCUGAAAGGAGAAAACCCUGAAGCCGAGUUGGCGACAAGGCCGCCCCCAAAGAAGUCGAACGACUUGGAUGUCAUACUUAGUAUCAAGGCGGACGACCCCAGAUUUCUGCUCGUAUCUAACCUCUAUUCUGCCCAGCGCCAUGUCCAGAUUGACACGGCCAGCUUAGGCCUCGAUGUGCGCUUCACCAAUUACUACAUGGACCUGGACUUGGUAGUGGCUCCUCUCAACUUGUCACUGGGCAGCGCCGAGUCGGGCAUGGAAACCCCAGUCAGCGCAACAUCGAGCACUCAAGUUUUUGUCGAUGGCCUUCAUAUACACGGCCAUCGUCUUUUCGGACUUCCACCAAUAGAACCCACCUAUCUAUGCAAUUGGGAUGUUUCGGCUGGCGCAGUCACGGGCGAGUGCACGACUGAGUUCUCGACGACACUUAUCAGCGGGGGAAAGGCGUUUGGGUUCACCUUUGACGAUGACGAAAACGCGCUCAUCUCUCUCUCGUCGAUUGUACUUUACGACGUCACGUUUCUCCGUGUUGCUGUGCAGUCGAUCCGGCUCUGGGUCCACGUUGACGAGGCUGCGUUUCUAAUCUCGACGGGAUCGAUCGACGUCAACUACAAUGAUUGGGCACGGUCGCAUUAUUCCAGACGGGCCAGCCUUCGAAUUCCCGACAUCAAGCUCUCUUGCGUAAACGCAGAGUCAGCUACAAGACACAAGACACGAACCCACCACCCAGUCGAGACAGAUGCGCUCAUAGAGACAAGCGUGCGCAUCGCAAUCAUUGGACGGAAGAUCAACUUUUCGAGCGAGAGGAAGCUGCAGCAGGAGCUAGUUCGUCGUGAAGACCAGCGCACGCACAGGGCGCCUUUUCUCAUUCUGCCUGGCCUCACAGAGGACUUUGUCCUAACUCCGGUGGACCCUCCUGCGCAGAGCGUUCCGCCCAUCCCCUUGCCCACCACGGUUGAGGAAAUAGAGGACGACAGGGCGUCCUCGUUGGCCUCGACAAAGACGUCAAGGCGAUCCAGGCGUCUACGGCAGAAGAGCUCUUUCCUGUCGCUCGCAAGUUCUAAUCAGAGCAGCAUUCUCAAGCCCUACAACUCGCGGCAGCUAAACGUGAAGAGCGGGCUCGGUGAUCGGCUUCAUCCCCUCGGCCCCGUCGGCCAGAAGCCGGGAGUCAAGAAACGACCUUCUCAUCAGGUCCGGGAAGUUUCUGCCUCGACCCGCCACUCUGCUUUUUACAGUACGGCUGGGGACAAUACAGAGCGCCCGGACGUGUUCCACAAUACCGUUGCCUUCUCAAGCCAGUACUUUGCGCCCUACUUUCCGCUGGAAAAUGUGAGACCCAAUUACAAAGAAGGGCUGAUGCCGGACGUCGAGAAAUCCGAAGCGAACGGUGACGAGGCCGACAAAGACUCGGUCGAUUUCGAUCUCGGGGAUAUUGACCCAGAUCUCUUGAGCGAAGAUUGUGCGUAUUCGAGCAUCAUGCUUGAAUUUCCAACAGGCGUUUCGGCGUUCUGUAAUCCAACGUCGUUACGCCACGCAAUUGCUUUGAUGUCGUCUCUCCAGCCAUCGGACCCUGAUAAUAUUCUGGACUCGCUCCAGAUUAGCUCAAUGUCGGAGAUAUUUGGCAUGCAGAAGCGCCAGAAAAUGAAAGGAAACAUCAGCGAUGUACUCGUAAGACUACCGCGGGCUACUAUUCGGUUCGCCAACUCAUCUGAACUGGGUUCGCCAGACGUCUCUGUGGGAGAGCAGGACCAGUUUGACAUCGCAGUCACCAAACUAGCACUUGCUUCGAGGUCCGAGACCAAAUGGCAAGACGCCUCAAAGCCUGAAUCGAGCGAAACACGACAUUCGUUUCAUCUGAGGCUCCAGUCGGUCGGGGUCUCUGUGGCUGAGAAAUAUAGCGAUAUGGAGAGCCCGCACACCGCUGCGUUGGCCCAAAUAGAGAAUGUGAUGGCAUCAGUAGGCAGCAGGGGAAUCACGUAUCUAGAUGUCGAAGUUGGCAAUAUCCGUACGAGCGCAUUUUCUGAGAAGAUUGAUUACCUGGCGUCGUUCAUUCAUCGCACAAGCCUUCUGGGAGACGAGAUUGGCGCUCUUCUGGCCGAGGUCUCACUACGAGAGAAGAAUAUGGUGCAGAAUAUGGUCCUGCGGCUCGUUGCUAACGGCCAAGGAACCCCGGACCCAUCGUUUCUGAUUCGGCCCUCGUCUGUGCUCCGUUCUGCGUCACAUCACCUGCGGACCUUUGACUCGUGGAAGCUUAUCAUGCGGCUUCGUCAGAUAUGGGCGGUGCAAAACCAGAACGACAAAGAGAGGAUCAGAUUUGAGUGCAUGAAUCACUCGCAGGAUGUCCCGGCAGAGCCUAGACAAGAGGUUGUCAAGGCUUUUGAGAAAUGGAGGAGCUGGGACCUAGAGAACCUAUCAGAGAGCGUGCUUCUAAACCUGAUAUUCGGGCCGCCGCCAGUGGCCCCAACACCUACCGCACGGGAGAAGCCGACCCUCGCUGUUGUUAAGAUCAAGCAGACCCAGAUUGCACUUGAUCCGGGCCCAAAGCAAAACGAAAUCACAAUUCUAGAUCUCACAACGAGGCUCGAGUCGAGACCUCAAGCAGAGGAAAAUGCCGCUCGGGGAGCCGCCGAGGCGGAUCAUCCUUCGAUCAUCUUAAAUGUCUUGUGUGGGGAUGCUGCUAUCAAUCUCAAUUGGGAGCUAUGCCAACUGGCAGAUGGUGUGAUCAAGUUGGCGAGGAAGAUUCAAUCCCGGCCGGCAGCGUCGCCGAAAAAGGCCCCAGCCGCUACUAGCCCCAAGAAGACACGAGAGCAGACUAUGCACUGCGUAGUGUCCCUUGGGCGAGGGUCCCUUGCCCUGGAGGCUAUCAACCUCCAUGCUUCCUCCUUUGUAAAUGGAGCCAAAGCUUCGUUGCUCACGAAGAUGGGGGCUAACAGUCUCCUCGACACCAACUUCAUUCUGAGCUGCGACUCGGCGACUUCCAGCCUGAGGAGUCAUUCUCAGGGGCUUGCUAAAUUCGUCCUCGAGAAGCCCAGCAUCUUUGUGUCGCAAGAAUCGCGAUCGAGCCAGACGACUAACAGCCACACAAUCAAGGCAACCGCCAGCAGCAGCUACCUGAGCCUGGUUGUGAAACAAGACCCAAUCAACUUGGCCGAGGUCUUGGACCUCGUGGUUCGAGAUGAGUUUGCCCAGAUCUACAGAAUAAAGCAGCAGCUCCCGUCUUCAUCCCAGCCGGUCUCACCUGGAAAGAAAAUCGUCGAUCGACUGUCUGCAUUCAGGGUGAAUGUGGCCAUGUUCAUGGACCAGUACACGAUCAGCGUGCCCCUGCUUCGGACCCUAACAUAUACAGUGCACGGGACGGUUUCAAGAGCAGCAAUGGCGGCCAACUUUGGCAAGGAGAUCAUCUUCGACUUUGACAUAAAGGAGAACUCGCACGAGAUGCAAAUCAAGGUCAACAACGUCGCCCGCAGCAUGUCCCUUCUUCAGAUACCGCCUACGAAUGGACGUGUCAUAAGCCACAUGGACCAAGGAGAGCAGUCCAUCAACGUUUUCGCGUCUCUCGAGCUGGUGCAGCUGGAUGCCUCGGCAGUCUAUAGCCUUCUUUCGGCUCUGAACCGCCCUGAAGUGUCCAAUUCUAUCAGCGAGCUACAACAGCAGAGCAAAACGAUCCAGCAACACAUCGGAGACGUGGUCGGGGACGUUCAGGCAACGAAUACUGCUCCUCAGAAGGAAUCUACCGUCCUGGCGUACGGGGUGCAUCUGACAUCGGCCGGUCUCGAGGUGUUUGGAAACAGCCCUCUCAAAUCUGAAGAGACGCCCUUGGCCCAUAUUUCUUUCGCGCUCGACAGCAUCAAUCUGGGUAUCGCCAAUAGAGUCGAGCAGCACGGCCCGCUCCUAACAUAUCCCGAGUUCCACGUCAACCUGCGGCAUAUCACCUUUGGGAUUCAGAAGGGCACUGCCGACUCCAUGACUUCGUGCGGCAACAUGGCUUUCGGGGCUCUGAUUACCGCCUCGUCGCGGCCCGGCGAGGACGGCGAGGAGAAGAGGUUCUUCAACGUAAAGAGCGACACGUUCGAGGUCAACCUCUCUCCUGACACGGUUUCUACCUUCGUGGACGUGUUGGGUCACAUGGGUGAUAAAAUCAAGGACCUCGACACGUCGAGAGAACUCGAAUACCUGCGAAAGCUCAGACAGUCCAAGCCCCGCAUCACCAUCAACGACGCCGAGGAGGGGGAGGAAACAGACAUUAUCGAUGCCUUCCUGUCCUCGGUCACGUACACAUUUGAGACGAGCAAUAUACACGUGGCCUGGCUGGUCUGCAAGCCCGACGAGGAGCCAAGCUUUGGCAAGGAGGACUUGGUGCUCUCCAUUGAGAGGAUUGAGUUUGGCACUCGCACGAGAAACUCGGCCAGGCUGACGAUCGAGAACUUUCAAGUCCAGAUGAUGGCUUCGCAAGACGACAAGAGGCUGCGCUCUCCAAACUCGGCCCUACUCCCAGAAGUCAUAUUCAACAUCGCCUACGUGUCCACUUCAGAUGCACGCCGACUGGCCUUUCAGGCGGUGGGCAAGUCGCUGGAUCUCCGUCUGACCUCGGGCUUCAUCAUUCCCGCAGCCCAUUUGAAGGAUUCCAUUAGCCUGUCAGCCAAGAACGCACAGCGGGCGUCUCUGAACUGGAAUCCCAGUCCGGCCGCGCCAGCGUCGACACCCGCCCCCGAACAAGAACAGAAAUCCCGACAAGGCAGCAUUUUAGGAAGUAGAAGGAUAGAAUCUCUGCUUGUCGAUGCCGACUUUGCCGGUGCAGUCGUGUACCUGACAGGAAAGAGAGCUCCCGACGACCUGGUCUCGGCCUCGAAACCAACUCGGCCGAACAUUCCUGGGAAGCCUGGGACGCUGGGCCAGGACGAGUCAGCAACGACGGUCCUGCGGUCUCCCGGCUUGGCAUGUAAGGUUGAGUACCGUGACGACGGGAUAGAAAAUCCAUCUCUCUACGGAGAGGUCAAAAUAGAUGCCUCGAGCAACAUCCUAUACCCGUCAGUGGUGCCCUUGAUCGUGGACAUCAGCAACAGCAUCAAGGCGGUUGUGAGCACCCGUGACGGCAACGGCGACACCGACACCGACGGCAAGCUCCAUGUUCCGGCGCAAGAAACCGUAACCAAGGCGAAGCAGACCGAGGAAGACAACAUACUGACGGCAGACCCAACAGCUGUUCUUGGCCGAAUGAAGCUGAACCUUGGCUUACGCAUCUGCAAGCAAGAGUUCUCGUUGAGUUGCCAACCUAUUGCCCGGGUGGCAGCUACGGCCAGCUUCCGGGAUGUUUACUUCACGGUGAACACAGUUCGCUCGCUAGACCAGGGCAAUUUCUUCGCCGCUUCGGGGACAUUUUCAAAUCUCCAGGCGUCUGUCCAACACGUCUACUCGAGGGAGUCAACGGGCAGCUUCAAGGUCGAGUCAAUCGUCCUCUCGCUCAUGAACAGCAAACACGUCAGCGGCACUAAUGGGCUAUCUGCGAUUGUCAAGGUCAGCCCGAUGGAGGUGUCGAUAAAUGCAAAGCAGCUGCACGACUUUAUGCUGUUCCGCGAGAUCUGGCUCCCUCGCGAGAUCUUCCUCUCCCACGAGGUGGUGCGAGGUUCUGGUGCCACCCCUGCAGCCAAACUCGCCACCGAGACGUCCCAAGGCUAUCUAGUACAGCGCUACCAACAGGUGGCCGCAACUGCAGCCUUCCCCUGGACGGCCAGCAUCUCCAUCUCGGCCCUCAAGAUUGUUGUCGAUCUCGGGCAGGCUCUCGGCAAAGCUAUCUUUUCGAUCAGCGAGUUCUGGAUCUUGUCCAAGAAGACAUCGGACUGGAAGCAAAACCUCUGCCUCGGUUUCAAGAUGAUUGGCAUUGAGAGCGCCGGCCGCAUGAGCGGCUUUGUUGCGCUGCAGGACUUCAAGCUGCGUACUUCGAUAGAAUGGCCCGAGCGAGAACGGGCGCUCAACGAGACGCCCAUGAUCCAGGCGUCGGUUGGGUUCAGCCAGUUCAGGGUCAAGGCUGCCUUCGACUACCAGGCGUUUUUGGUCGCCGAUAUCACGUCUUUGGAACUCCUUAUGUACAAUGUCCGGGGUGGCCAGCAGGGGAGUGGAGACCGGCUCGUUGCGAUAUUCGAUGGCGAGGCCGUCCAGGUCUUUGGGACAACAAGCUCGGCCUCGCAGGGGGUUGCCCUAUACCAGGCCUUCCAGCGGCUGGUCCAGGAACGCAAGGCAAACUUUGAGACGUCCCUCAAGGAGAUUGAAAGAUUCAUGAGAAGGAAGUCUGUCUCGGCACCGGCCGCAGCAGUAAUCCAGCGCCUCAGCAUGGCCAAGUCGGUGGACGGCGACAUUCUCAAGUCUCCCAUCUCGCUAGACACGGAUGUCGUGGUGACGUUGAAGAAGCUCAACCUCGGUGUCUUCCCGAGCACCUUCUCGGACCACCAAGUCUUCAAGAUGGAGGCCCUCAACGCACAGGCGCACUUUGCGGCCAGCAUAGAAGACGGCCGCAUCCACAGCAUUCUGGGGCUGACACUCGGCCAGCUGCGCAUCGGACUCGCCGGCGUGAGAGCUGCGGGUGCGCCCAAGACGCUGAGCGAGCUGUCGGUCGAGGACGUGGUGCAGAGCGCAACGGGUUCCCGCGGAGGAACCAUUCUCAAGGUGCCCCAGGUCGAGGCCGUCAUGCAGACGUGGCAACGCCCAGAGUCGAAGCAGAUUGAGUACAUCUUCAAGAGUGCCUUCGAGGGCAAGGUCGAGGUCGGCUGGAACUACAGCCGCAUCAGCUUCAUCCGCGGCAUGUGGGCCAACCACGUCAAAUCGCUCGCCCAGACGUGGGGCAAGGAGCUCCCGCCCGUCACAGCGAUUCGCGUGACGGGAGUUCCCGAGAAACCCGAAGACAAGCAGCAGCCUCUGAAAGACGGCGCGGCGGGUGAAUCCACAUCCUCGCAGCAGCAGAAACAGGAGGAGCCACUCACGACGAACAAGAUCACGGCCGAGGUCAAGGUGCCUCAGUCCAAAUACGAGUACACGGCCCUCGAGCCGCCCGUCAUCGAGACGCCCCAGCUACGAGACAUGGGCGAGGCCACGCCGCCGCUCGAGUGGAUCGGCCUGAACCGCGACCGGCUGCCCAACCUGACGCACCAGAUAGUCAUCGUGUCGCUGCUGGAGCUGGCUGGCGAGGUGGAGGAUGCGUACUCGCGCAUCCUUGGGUCCUCGUGA